CGGGUCGUGUUUUGCACCCUGGAAACAGUCUUUUGCGGAAUGUGUCGGUCCGCAUUUAGACACCGAAGAUCGAUAUGUAUCUCCGGUCCGCGGUCUUCCAAAGGCGAUGUAGCAGCGCGGUUGAAAUUGUCGGAUGGUCAAUUUGCCGCUGCGGAAUGUAGCUAAUCAGCGCGUCACGUGCGUGACGCGAGCGUUUACUACGACGUUUUGUAAACAGCAAUAUUUAGGCGCUGAGUUCUCUCGGCAGUGACGCAACUUACGCUCGGUGGGAGCGGCGCUUUGCCUGAGGCUCGGUUCAGUUAACGGAAUGCGCGCUUGCUGUGGAAAUGCUGCGGUUUGGCGUGUAGUGGAAGGCCACAGGGAGUUGCGGUCUGCUGCUCUAGCAGCAGCGCCAAAAUCACGGCCAGCGAUGGACCUUAAUUUCAGAGUCCUGAAAGAACCCAGAGGAUUCAUCAGAGUCCUGCAGUUCGUAUUUUCCAUAUUUGCUUUUGCAACCACAUCCGGCUUUGGGACCACGUCAAUUUUCUCGGUGACCUGUACUGGAGCAGCAACCCCAUUCAAAGUCAGUGUCCAGUUUGGGUAUCCAUUCAGGAUGUCCUACUUCCCUUUCCAAGUGCCCCGUUCCUGCCCUAUCACGCCUGACGACCGCAUCCUCGAGACCAUUGAACUUCCCUUCAACUUUGCCAGCAAUGCAGAGUUCUUUGUCGCCACAGGCGUGCUGUCGUUCCUCUACUGUGUGGGCAUCCUUGGCAUUUAUCUAUUCUCCAGCAAGAUGUAUGCAGAGAACCAAACUGUCCCCAUUGUGGACCUGGGCCUGACAACACUGAUGUCACUCUUCUGGUUUGCGGGCUCAUGUGCCUGGGCCCAGGGAGUGCGUGAUGUCAAGUUUUACAUGAGCCCUGACAACAUCCGCAAGUGGCCUGCCAUUGGCAUCUGCAGGGAUGAAGAGAAGGCCCUAUGCGCAUCAGAGUCAAGCGGAAGCUUUGCUACCCUUAAUGUGUCCUUGAUCUUGGGAUUCUUCAAUGUGCUUCUUUGGGUGGCUGGUUGCUGGUUCGUCUACAAAGAGACCAGCUUCCAUGGCCAGCGUCAGCAGCCCCCUGUGGGUGGGGCAGUGCCGCCGUUCCCGCAGUCCAAUGCCCAGUACCCGCCGCAGUCUCCGCCACCAAUCCAGAGCCCAACUUUUGGGACGCAGUACUGAGCCCCAGCGAACAUUAAGCCCAGUGCACCUUGGCAAAACCCCGCGUGUAGGAAGCCGUGCACAGAGGACAGAGUGGGAGAAGCGUGGAAUCGGGGUUGUAGUACACCAAGGCAAGCUGUCCUAAUCUGAUGCUCUAUGACGAGUUUGUUGUUAUAACGUAUAAGAUCAAGAGGAACUGGAAGAUGGGGACUUUUUGACAGCUAGACAUUGUGCGAAGAGCGUCAGUAUGGUGCCAACUGCAUAGACAAAGGGGCGUGGAUGUUGACAAGUCCUCUGGUUGGAACGUCAAUACACUGUGCCAGUGCUCCUCCCUUGCUCUCCUAAGGGCAGAGGUUGGUAUGGUGAACAAAAACAUGCAAGCAUAAGGCAUCCGUGUGUCUUUGUCGGUCCUAUCGCCCCACGUUAUUAGUGCUACAAGCUCGGCGAACUACAUUUCAUGUGUCAGUUCUGAAGGGCCCAAUUGUUGUCUAAUGAAGAUGGCACCAAGGCAAAUUUUAAUGCUCGCAGAUGUGCUUGAGUGAGAAAAUUUUCAUUGAUGUUUGUGUAAGCUUGAUACAUUAUCUCCAAUUGUCGAGAAGAGCAACAUCAUUGCAUUACAUUUUGGCGCUUUGUCUCCUCAAAUUGGCUCUUGCUGUGAUAGCAGGCGCCAUCUUGUUUCUUGUCACCGUGUGUAAAAAUAGGAAAUUGCAAAAAAGAGAGAGAGAGGGGGAAAAAAAAGAAAGAAAAGUGCAGCUUGCCGAGAUGGCCAACAACUCCAUCGAAGUGUUAGAAAACUGAAUUUUGUUGCGAGAAGGCAUUCGUGCCACUUUCCUUCACUUGGGGUUUUGCCAACGUGCUGGUCAUUUGACCUCUUCCAUAGGUUGCCCCAUUACGUUUACAGUGCUUGUUUUGACAUGGCACAUUGAUGAAUUCUUUUCCUUUGAAAGCUGCUAUGCUCGCUGUAAAACCCAUUAGACAUCGUUAUUCCGUUGCUUUAUUUAGGGAAAUGGCACCACACUUGCACAAGUCAGAUGAUGUUUGGCACAUGCGUACCAAGAUUUGAAUGCUUGAGGGCAGCGAAGAUGUGCUAGAUGUAAGCACAUACACGAAAGGUCUGUCUCUCUUGAAGCUUUACGUUUGCCAAGUGAAAUUUACCUUGAAUGUGUUCAUACAUGCAACAAAAUUCUUGCACAGCUAAUGUGCAGCCUGCUCAUUUUAUACAUUUAAUAUUUUUGGUUGUGCUUUUCUCAGGUUCUUUGGCAGACUUAAUGCAUUUUUUUUUUCAACUUUAGCUAGCAGCUGCUGUGACAUUAGCUAGCACAUAUGCGUGUUUUGUGAUCUGCGACACUAGACAUGCAUUAUUAUUAUUUUGUCUCCUAAGUUCCACUCGCUGAGGCCGUUUGUAUAAGGAGGCAGAAAUUUAUCAACUGCCUACUGAGGUAACCAAUGCAUCUCGUUUCACUGUCAUGUGCUAAAUGUUCAGUCUUAAUUUCACUGCAGUCCCUUGUUGAGCUCCAGAAGUUGAGCUUGCAAAUAAGCUGAUUUUUGUUUUGAAUCUCUUGCCCUUUUAUUCUGUGAUGACUUUGGCAUGUUUGUUUGCAUCUACUUUACCAGAUGCCCAAAAUCUUGCAACGUAUGCUCUGUAGUCAUACCUUAUCCCUUAUCCUGCAUUUUUGUUUUCUUGUCCUACUUAUGAUUAGCAUAGUUUCAGCGAGUUACAGUCGUGGUCCUGAAGAAGGUGACAUCCGUAGUCCUUGUUUUGCGCUGUGCAGUGGUAGAAAAGUUUAUUUUUUUUCUUUUCUGUUCGACAUAGCAAUACAAAGCGACUUUGUACGGUGACACGUUAUAGGCCUUGCCUCUUCAGCCACUUAGGUCGCAAGCAUGAUUCACGAUGAUAGCGCAGCGAAAUUUGAGCCUGCCAGUGAAUUGGCUUGCAGAACGGACCUAAUACUUAGGUAUGUGUGUGUUUGUAUACAUUAUUGGAGGGCAGAGAACAGCGUUUCACAGGGCUCUCGGCGUUAGUAGGCUAUUUUCCAUUCGUAAAACUCCCUUAAUUGCAGCUGCAGUUCAUGAACAAGAAUGCUUUUUAGCUGUUGGGGUAGUAGUUGUUCCCUAAUACUAAGUCAGCUUCUGCUAGUACUGGGUUUUCCUGUACGGAGUGAGUUGCAGACUGACUAGUAUUAUACUUAAAGGGCCUCUCACCAGGUCUGGGCAUUGCAAACAGACAAGCUCAGUGUGUAGAUGAGGUGCUGACAAUUGUGUCUGCAAACUAUCAAACAUCCAUGUAGUGCAGAAAUAGCCAAAAUUUCAAAUGACAGCAUGUGUACCCUUCUUCUCAAGGGAGCCCCAUUUUCUGCCAGAGAAUCAAGGUCACAUGCAUAAACACUUAUACAUAAGACGUCACUGCAACGCCUUCAACGUCACUCAUUACGGCACGUGACUGGAAAAUCAUUCAAUACAGAAUGCUCGGAACUGCCACUGAAACUGCGCCGCACAUAAAUAAAGGAAAAGAAGAAGAAAAGGCUGAGCUUGUGAUGUAAACAUGGUGUGAUCCCUCGGGUCUGGUAUGAGAGAAGGCAGGGAAAGUAUAUUGUGAGAGGGCGCUAGUUGAGACAAAGAGAGAGAGUGUCUAUGUUGGCAGUGAAGCUUGCUUCUUGGCAGUAAGUAGUAUUAGUAACAGUACUAAUUGGUUGUUUAUGGAAGUGAUUAAAUGUAAAGGAAUAAAAGGAUGCUGUAACUGUCUAGCACAGUCGCCUGACACCUGAACUGCUGUCCGCAGUAGGGAGGCGGUAGGGGAGUAAAAAGAGAGAGAAUAGCAGAGAGGAUUGAGUAAAGAAUGGAACUCAUGCGACAUUUCAAUUUCUCCUGUUUCUAAUAACGAAGCAAUUAAAAACAAAUCUGAUGGCAAGACGCUCCUUAGACGGCGCUGUACAACUUCCAGUGUAUAACCCAAAUUUUCAAUGGGGCCUGGUGAGGGGCCCUUUGAGUAUGAAAACAGGGGGUGGAACCUCUGCACAAUAAUGAAUUUACCGUGGUAGUGUUUUUGUCAAGAGAAGCUGCCCAAGGCAGCUGACUGUAAAAUGUGUUGUUUUGCUGCAUUUGGGCUUCAAAGGAAGGCAGAUAGCUGCACUUGGUUGAUAGCAAAUCACUAUGGUCAGUAUGUAUGCUUUAGUUCUAACCCUAGUGCCAUAGACAUUUUUGUGACUUCAGAAGCCAGGAUGCAGCCAUCCACGAACUUGGCCUUAUGUGAUUAAUUUGUUUCCUCCGGUGACAGACGUUUUCUUAACUUAUUCAUUAUCUAACUAUCGUCGGUAACUACUAUUGUGAGCUUUUCAUUGCUAUUUUGGUUAGCUUCGGACACUGUACUUUUUAAAAACUGUGCUUUCAUUUAUGGCCUCAGUUGACUUGUAUAUGAAAAAAUCUUGUCAACGUUUUUUACCGGUUAUAAUGCUAGCUGAAGCCCAGUGUACCCGUGACAUUCAGUAUGUUCAGAACAUUUGUGUAAUGCUUUCUCCCAGUUACAACAUUAAGUUCUUACUGUCCCAUGAAAUACAUGUUACCGGGGUUCUACCUUGUUUUUCUUAACACAAAUGGGCACGUUUACACUUUUGCAUUUAUUUCAUUGUUGUGAAGAUCUGGUUGGUCAUCUGGCUAUACUUGAGGGAACGACAUGAAAACUAGCUUGCUUGCAUUUGUUACGAAAUGAGUGUCGUUGAGUUGAUGUAAAUAACUUAUCUAAAUCUGUAUUUAGAGAUGGGGUGUGCUAGCAGUGUAAGUCAAUGUAAUAUUGCAUUGAACAGCCAUGCUAGAGUGGCGCUGCUUUCUGAAAAGCAGAACCCGGGUUUCUCUCUUCUGUUUAUUAUUUAAGGAAGUCCUGCUCAUUGGUCUCUUCAGUUUGACAUCAUGCACAUGUGUACAGUUGAGUUGCAUCGGUCGGACGUUGAUAAGACACCAAACUGGUUUGGGCUGUCAGGUGUUCAGUUUAGGCAUUUCAACGUGCACUGACACCAUUUAGAACCUUUGCAAAUAGUUGAAUGAGAGGGUUUGUUACAUGCAAUGAAGAAUUAGGUGCAUGAGGCACUUGCAUCUAAUAACCCUUUUCUUAUAUGUUCAUGACUGAAAUGUGUUGGCAAAACACUUUCAAAUUGUGUUAUGCAGGCUGAUUGAUUUUCCAUUCAUGACAUUAACAGUUUAUGAUAAGUAUGUUUAAGGGGCCCUAUUAUAUUAAUAUGGUUAAUGCAUGUGAGACUGCCAUGCUACCUUGUAUCGGUUGUGAUUGUCUUAUUUAGGUUUUUCCUAAUGAAGUGAGUAUUUCACUCCAUUUAACCACCUUUUUUUCUUGGUUGUAUAUGUAAUGAAGCGCCAUAGUAGACUUUUGUUGUUUACCUCACAUGUUGCACAUAUAGGUUGCAGAUCGUCACUAUUACGUCAUAUGUUGUGCGACUGUUGUGACGGCCUUGCUAUUAAUGUGCAGUGUACUUAUUUUUCAUAUGGCCCUCUACUGAUGUAAUUUUUGCAUAGAGUGUUAGUUUUCGUUCUGAACCAAGAAAUGUGUUUGACGAAGGAUUUACUUUCUAAAGUAGCUAUUUGGUCGUUGCACCUUGUUACAGAUACUCACAGAUGUACAUUUUGGCACUAGUGAAAAUAUGUCUUUAGUACAACAUUCCAUUUUUGUUUUUUAUUGUGGCAUGUACACCACUGAAGAUCUGAAAAAGUAGCCUCAAGUACAGAGGCCUUUUGUUACCUCCGUUAAUCAACUGUUCAGUUUGACGUUUGAUGAAUUCGUUCAUUUUUCUUUUUGUCCCCGUUUGUGCUAUUUACAAUCUGUGUGAGUGGGGUAAACAUAGGUUGCAGAUCGUCACUAUUACGUCAUAUGUUGUGUGACUGUUGUGACGGCCUUGCUAUUAAUGUGCAGUGUACUUAUUUUUCAUAUGGCCCUCUACUGAUGUAAUUUUUGCAUAGAGUGUUAGUUUUCACUCUGAACCAAGAAGUGUGGUUGACGAAGGAUUUACUUUCUAAAGUAGUAUGUGGUCGUAGCACCCUGUUAUAGAUACUCACAGAUGUACAUUUUGGCACUAGUGAAAAUAUGUCUUUAGUACAACAUUCCAUUUUUGUUUUUUAUUGUGGCAUGUACACCACUGAAGAUCUGAAAAAGUGGCCUCAAGUACAGAGGCCUUUUGUUACCUACGUUAAUCAACUGUUCAUUUUGACGUUUGCUGAAUUCGUUCAUUUUUCUUUUCUUUUUGUCCCCGUUUGUGCUAUUUACAAUCCGUGGGAGUGGGGUAAAACAAGGGCUUGGUUGGAAGCACUAGUUUACUCUCUUGAAUGAAGGAUGUAACGUUCUUCAACAGUAAGUUUAUAUAGGUUGCCAUGUAUGGAAAUCAGGCGACGUAUUGAAUGUGUGCUGACACUUGGUAACAAGACCAACAACCCAUGCAUAUUUCAUUGUCAUGCGUUUAGUUAGUCUCCCAUUUUUAAAAAAUUUCUUGCACUCUGUGUUAGAGAAGCACAGAUGUUACAUUUGUGUGUCAGUACAUCCAUGGUCUAGCUUGUGUAUAGCGCUGUGGCAGCUAAGAGUCUUAACGUCUGUGGAAAAAAAAGAGGGGGGGGGGGGGAGAAAAAAAUGUAGAGGAAGCUGCCAUGGAGAAACUUAUGCAUUGUUGACAUGCACACAUGAGGAGUGCAUUUCUUUUUCACAUAGCUUUUUCAUGCACAUAAGGUUGACAGUGCAAAUGAAGGUGCUUGUGUUUAUUGGUGGUCUUGUUUGUUGAAAGUUCAAAAUCUGGUGCCAUCUGUGUGACACUUGUACAAAGGAGGCAGAUAUAUCCCCUUCUUAGCUUCUUUUACGAUGAGCGUACCCAAUGAACAGCCAGCAAUAAGCAGUGGCUGCCACAUAGGUUUUGUCGGUUAAGUGUACGGUGGUGACCCUGUAUGGGGGCUUCAUUGGUGUUCCUACUGACAGAGAGCUCCUAGAAUCGUGUGCAUCCUGUUCUAACAUGUUACUGUUGCAUCAGAAAGUAUCAGUUAUCUUCAAGACACCCAUAUUCUGGUAGCCAUAUCAUAAUUGGUGGCACCAAAAACCAAGGUGUCACUUUAAACUGCGAUAAUGUGCUUAAACACAAGAAAGGCGUGUAUUGCUGGAGCACCUUUGCUGUAUUUUAUCUUGGAGAGAAAAUUGCACUUGAUUGGCAGAAGUGUUGCUAUGACCAUUAAGUACAAAGUAAACGUUUGCAAAGUUGUUUUGGAUCUUGCAAAAUUCUGAGCACUACAGAGGAGGCUUAACUUUAAACUGUGCCUUCUGGUGGGGUUGCUCAUGAGGAAUGUGAAAAAUUAUAGUUGAGUUAAAGGAAAUUUAUUUUUUUGAAAACAGAGCCAAGUGCCAUUGCAUUAAGUCACAAUUUUCUUUCCUGCAAGUCUUGUAAUUGCCUGUUCAUUUUCAUACCUUGUGCUAUUACCCCAUGGCACUUUGAUGCUUCUAAUGGCUGCCAUACCAUCUGCUAACUCUAAAAUGCUACACCCCGUAUAAAAUGGUGUAAUGGAUAGAUUGUUAUGGUCGGAGUUCUGGACAUACCAAGCCCCCUAAGCAUGCUGUAUCUGCUACUAUUGACAAAAUACAAGACACCCUGUUAGGCAGAGCACGUAAGACUAUUGCUGUUUAGGAACUGUGGUACUUUAGCGUUGUUGUGUAAGAAUGUGAGUGCGUGUGUGCAUGUGAGAAAGUACAGAUGAGUGAAGAAAGUGACAAUUAAGAUAUACAUCAUAUAGCACACUUCUUUUUAAAUAUUAAAUUUUCUUGGGGGAAACUAAGGUAGCAACAAUGGACUACUUGAAGCACCGUGCGGCAUUAGAAUCUGCAGCUAUUUUUCUGUCCUAGCUUAGCGAGUCCUUUGCCCGGUGCAUGACCUGUGACACUGCGAAAAACUGAUGCACCACAGAGUUGGGUGCGGCCAGUAUGCGACAAAGAGAGCCACUGCUUACUGCCACGCACGCUGUGUGCUUUGGAACAUCACCAGGAUUUCUGUGCAGAUCUGCAUUUCGGAGCGCUUGUGACUGCGUUAAAAGUGCUUGGUCGUCCACCUUUCUGCGAUCCUUGCACUUCACUUGUUUCAUGUUGGGUGGCAACAGCUGCCAUCUCUCUGCUGCUUUUGUAUGCCUGCGAGUGCUGUCGUUUCUUGAAUUCCCUGAGUUUUGUAAAACUCUGCUCACAAGCAUGCGUGUAGGGCACACCGGUCGUGACACCACUCGCGUGUCCAAAAGAGCGCACUGCCAGCUCUCUCUUUAGCUAUCUUGCAUGCCUGCUGCUGUUGCCUCCGCUGUCGCGGCUCGCUCGUGACGCCAGUACUCUGCAAACACGUAAAUGGCCGGGAAGAAACAAAGCCCCGAGCGAGCGCGGUGCCAGCCAAACAGCUCUGCCAUCCUAAGGCGACCAGUUCCAGCUGACUGACCAUGAUGUUAUCAAAGUCCUACCGUGCUUCCAUUAUGCCUUGCCUAAUCUCGGCCACCUUUCUGUUCUCGCGAAUCUGUGGCGAGGUUCCUGAGGGACAGGUUCUAUUCGCUCAUUUUGGUUCACGAGAUUUCUUGCUGCUUUCCUCUCAGUUAAUUUCAGGCUGUUUGGAGUUCACGCGUUGAGAGGCUACACCUUGUUGUGGCAUUACGUAAGAGUUACAGUUCAAGUUACUAAUGGUUCAUGCUUGUCAAUUGUACCAAUUCACAAUAGUUACUGUUGAUUAGUGGCAACUGCAAUUUCCAUGGCACACACAAAGUAUCAGGUUGCAUGCACUGUUUGAGACUUUCCAGCUCAGUGAAAGGUACAUUAAGAAGGAAAUAUGUAUUGUCAGAAACUCAAGAUUAUCCAUAAAGUAUCAUCCUUUGUUGCCACAGGGUGACAAGUGCUUUGGAUAUGAACUCUACAUUCAAGACAACUGCCAACUAGAGGAUAUCAAAUGAGGAAAAUGUCUUAGAAAAGUGAAAUGUGAAAAGUUCCUGAGUGGUGUCUACAGCAUGUGGUAAAAAAAAAAAAAAAAGCCUGUCUGGCUGGUUACUUCUGAAUAUGUAUCAAACAGGGGAUUGGGUACAAUUGACUCUCUCGGCUGAAAUGCUGGUGCCCUACACCCUCAAACUUUGCCCAAUGAUGGCAGUUGAUGACAACUCUGUUGGACACUGAGCUUUAGUUCAGUAGUGUCUUGUUUCACCCGAAUUGAAUCAGAAGUACAAGUUGUAUGAUGCAGUACUGCACCAAGAAGGCAGAUAGUUUUGGCUUGAGAAAACAGUGCUGCCAUCUAUCUGGAGAUUAGAAUGCUGGACAGUUUUGUCUGUUUUUUAGAUACAGAUGGCAUUACUGUUCUUUAAAAUGAGAAAAAUCUGGUUUGCGGGCCAGCAUCAUGGCAGAUUACGCUUAGUUCAAACUGAUUCUAGAUGAAAUGAGCUAGUACUGUGCCAAAGCUUCAUACUAUACAAGAAACGUAUACUACCAAGUGCUACUGCUGCGUGAAAUUUGAGCACGAGAGGGCCAGCUGUUCAAUCAGGAGAGCAUAAGAGACAUAACACUUCCUACAUUUGCCUUUUCUAAAGCAUGCUUGAAAGCUACAUGAAAACAAUUUCUUAGCAAGCAGUUUGUCUCUGUGUGUGCAUACAUUUACAAAACUAAAUAUCAAUGACUUGGAAUCUGCAGUGAAACUUUUCGCCAACGCCUGUGUUUUCAUUACUUUGGUUGACAUUUUAUGUGAUGUGAAUGGCAAUCCAUUGGGUGUGCCACUACACCGCAUGCGUAUAUACAGUCUACACAGUAUGUGUCGUGUGUGUGUGUCUGUCUGUCGUGUGCAUGAAUGCCAUAGAAAGAACCAAGUUAUUGCAUGCUGCUUGUCCUUUUUUUGUGAGUCCUCCCAUGCGUGACCAGUGUUCAAAGCUGUCUCAGAGGAACCUGUUACUGUUGACACUCUUGACAGAUGUACAUAGUACAUAAUGUAAAUGUCCAAGAGAAUAUAUUACUGGAAAUAAAGCUUCAAAAUGUGAA